AUGUCGGCGCUUCUCGAUGCUCUACGCUGGCCGAACUUCAUAGCGGAGGACGAGUCAGCGCAGAUGGGAACAGAAGGAAAAGCGGGGAUUCCACGCUUCAAUGGUGAGCCAACACGAUUGGCUGAGUAUGUGUUCAGGGUGAAGGCCAAGCAGCUCAAGGAGAAAGCCCUGUCCGAAGAUGAGCAGAAGAAGCUUGGUCCUCUCGCCUUGAGGCUUGUUGAGGGCCUCAGUGGCACAGCCUUGCGUGUGGCUCAAACAAUAGACUUCAAUGAACUUAGCAAGCCAGAAGCUGGAGUGGAAAAGCUUCUGGGAGCCUUUGAGAAGGAAUUGAAGCCUCGCCGUGCACAGCAAGCUCGAGAGCUUUAUGCUGCUGGCUCGGCACCUCAUGGCAUUCUGUCCAGGCAGAAUGGAGAGACGAUGGCCUCCUACAUUCUCAGGCGACGCACCUGGUAUCGAUGCCUGGUGGACACGUCUGAGGAUAUGAAGCUGCCUGACAUUGUGCUGGCGGAACAACUGCUGUCUUCAGCCAACAUUUCGGCUGACCAUCAACUACUUGUCAGAACGGCUCUGCAAGGGGACAUCACCUUCAACCGUGUUGCCGAUGAACUGGUGGCUCAACACUCCAGGGUGCACGAGCGCGAGAAGACGCGCAACUUUGUCUCCAAGAAGCCCUACUAUGGCUAUCAGCAGAACCGCAAGGGAUCUGGCAAGUGGCAUGGUGCUUACUAUGUUGACGAGACUGCGGAGUACGACCAGGCCUACUCUGAAGACUUCUCUGAAGAGACCUACGAGCCUGAAGAGCCCUAUGUGUCUGACGAGAUCGACCCCAUUGAGGAGCACAUCGGAUUCAUGGUGGAUGAUGGAGUGGAUUUUGAUGAUCCUGAAAGUGCUGAAGCCGCUGCUGAGGUGCUUCAAGCUGAGCAAGAAGCCUACUUCGUGAAGAAGGGUGCUGCGCAGAAGGGCAAGGGAUUUCGUGUUCCACCUUCUGGCCCCAAGCACUUCUCGGUUUCUGGAAGUCUUAGCUUGGAAGAGCGCAAGGCCAAGAUCGCCUCCUUGAAGUCACGAACUACAUGCAGAAAAUGCGGAGCUGUCGGACACUGGAGUGGCGACAGCCAAUGCCCUGGCUCAAAAGGAGGUGGUCGCAAGGGGAAGUAUCGCCCUGGCUCAACAAGCACUUCGUCACAGGCGAGCACAACGGCAUCAAAGGGAUCACCAGCAAAGCCGCGCACUGUGUACUUUGCUGUGCAUGAGCCCUCCUAUGCAGGUGGAUCACAUGGCUACAUGGCGCUACGUGGUGAAGGUUUUCAUGCUGUGCCUCCACCCUCGUCUUUGACUGGACAACAUGAACAAGCUCCACAUGGCUCUCCUCAUGAACAUGCUCUACAUGGUCCUCCUCCUCAUGAACAUGCUCUACAUGGACCUCCUCAUGAACAUGUUCCUCAUGAUGCUUUGGUACCAGCACAUGACGCACUGGUGCCAGCUGAGAAUCGACCACAAUGGGUUGACCUACCUCAUGGAGAAGUUGGACGUGGAGAAAUGCGUGGCCGAGUACAUGAGAUGCCAUCUAUGUUUCCACAAAGGCCACUGACCAAUGACGAGAAGGAAGAGAUGAUGUUGCAGCAAGCUCUUGGACGUUUGUCUCAGCCCAACCUCCCUAUGGAUGUUGAUGGACCUGGAAUGAUCGAAGAUCUACGUGGAGCUCUACCUGCAGGAGUUCCACCACUACCUGUACGAGCCCAACAAGCUGAGCAUGCAAUGCGUCCUGAGCAGGCGCCUUCUUCCUCUACGCCUCGACAAGUUCCUGCCGCAGGUUCUGAUGGACGAGAUGCAGAAGGACCGUUCAGUCCUCAGCCAGCAAACUAUCAACAAACAGUUUGCCAGCAUGAACGCGUGACAGCAAGGGGAACCAACAAGUUCUACAGAAUCUUGCGAUGUUUGGACUGCCAGCUUCUGUUGGAGCGAGAGCGCAUUCCUCAAGUCAGCCUACCCAAGGGGCAGCCUGCCUCUAGGGGUCCCACAACAGCUGUGGAAGAACGCCAAGCACCUGGAUGUUACCAUCACCGUGUGUCAUGGCGUGGAACAAAUGGACACACAUGGCAAAAGACAUGCCUUGAUUGUGGCUUCAAGCAAUCUGGACCUGUGAACCCAGAUGCCCAAACAAGCCCUGUGGACUCCUUUCAGACGCCACAGUCAAGGACUUCAAACCUGGCUGAUUUUCUUGGAGGUGAACUCACUGCUGAAGAAGCCGCUGGUGCAGUGCGAUCCUUCGAGAAUGCUGUUGAGAUGAAGCUGAUGCAACUUGGACCUGGAGACACCAUCAACUCCAGGACACUGAUCGAAGCCUUGGCCCUUUCUUUGAGGCACUCGACGUGUGCUGCGGGAACGUGCGGUUUUGCAUGUUGGCGCUGGGAAGUACAAGAACAACCCAUGUGGGUGCUGGAGACGAUUGACGACAAGUCGUCAAGAGAGAUGCGAUCCUUGAAGAACCUCUUCCUGGAGAUCAGCGAGCACGAAGGCAUCCAUGGCAAGAUCUUCACGGUUGGUGAGCGCUCCAUGUACCAUGCAACAACUCCUUCCUCUACGACCUCUACAAGGACUGGCUACAUGGCAACCUCUGAGCACGCUUCUGAUGGCUCCGAGGGCGACCUCAUUGCCGUGUUGGACACUGGGUGCAACACAACAUGUCAUGGUGCACAUUGGCUGAAGCGCUACCUGAAGGCCACCAACCAAGAUGAACCUCAACUUCUACCUGAUGGCGCUGGUGGUUUUCGUGGCAUUGGUGGCAUCACCGCCACGGCUGGCUCACGAGUUCUGGAUCUAUGCCUGGAGCUCACUGACGGCACCUUGGCCAAGGGCACUCUCCACAGCGUCGAACUUGAAGGUUCUGACGCCCCACUUUUGCUUUCACUUGAGGCUCAGCGUCGGCUUGGACUUGUGCUGGACCUCAAUCGUGCCAUGGCUCACAGCGAGGCACUUGGUGGAGAUUUGCAAAUGGUAUCCCACAAUGGACUUUAUGGACUUCGCCUCCUCCCUGGUGGGUUUGCUGGACUUGGACUUUGCAACCCAUCAGCAGACCGUCCUUUGGAUUUUCAGGACGAGGCGGCAGAUGAUCACCCCACAGGUGCAGAUCCCACGAUGGCGGAUGAUCACACCUUGUGUGCAGAUCCUGCCGAUGUGGAUGAUCACGCUUGUGGUGCAGACCCUGCUGCUGAGGAAAAUGUUUUGGGAUACCUGGCCUAUGAUGAACUCAAGGUGCAUGCCAUGUCCAAAGGGCAAGCCAGCAAGACCAAGGCCAAUGUGGAUGCGGUGACAAAGAAGGACAAGCUGAUGUGGAAUCAAGUUUGCCCCAAGUACCUGCGAAGGCGUCCUUGCCUUCCACAUGGCUGCAAGACCUUCCUCAUGGAGAUUUUUGCAGGAUGUGCGAUGCUGACCAGCGUCGCGCACUAUUCCUAUGGGUACCCAACCAGCGAGCCCAUCGACGUGAUCUAUGACCCAAUCUUUGACCUCACAACUCCUGCUGGACGUGCUGCGGCUGAUGAGCGCAUUGCACGAGAUGAUCCAUAUCUUCUGACCUUUGCGCCAGUUUGUGGCCCCUGGUCCCCAUGGCAGAACAUGAACAUGACCAGGUCAGAAGAUACCCGACUCAAGAUCAUGGAAGAUCGCAAGAAAUGGAUCCCUGUCAUCAAGUGGAUGUGUGGCCAUGCACGUUCACGACUUCAAAGAGGACGACAAGUUUUCAUUGAGAAUCCAGCUCCUUCAGCGAUUUGGGACACCAAUGACAUGGACAAGUACAAGCUCUUGAAUCAGGAAGAGCACUACGACCAGAUCACUGGAGAAGCCCUUGAGAAGAUCAACGUGGAUCUUUGUGCCUUCAACCUCCGCGACAAGACCUCUGGCCUCUUGCACAAGAAGCGCACUGGCUUGGUGACCGCUUCUUCAACCUUCAAGAGUUUUGCAAAAGAGGCUGGCCAAUGCAGCAAAGACCAUCUUCACGAGCCUUUGGAAGGUGGGAAGAGAUGCAAGCAUGCACAAGCAUGGACUGAGGAGUUUUGCACUCACAUCAUUGAGUGUCACUUGAAUGAUCUCGACAACCACCUGACGAGAUCUGCUUUUCCUGCUGAGGCUGUGGAGGAAGACAUCCUUGUGAAUGACGACGCUCCAACGCCCUUCCCCACUCUUGACCUCAUCGAGACUCCUGAAGAUGUGGCCAUUGGACUUCUACCACAAGAAGAAUCACCUGAACAGCUUGAGAUUGCAAACCCCCAAGCAGAAGCUCUUGAAAGCCAACAAUUACAAGAAAGCCGAUCUGUUUGGCGACAGCUGCCUAUGUCCACCCGUGUGGCUGUGAGAAGGUUGCACACCAUGACUGGGCAUUCUUCAGUGUCAGUGUCCUCCAUGCAACGGAUCUUGCGAACGUCUGGUGGAGACCCAAAGGUCAUCAAGGCCUUGAAGCACUUUCGUUGCCCAGCAUGUGAAGAGCGCAAAAAGCCUGCUCCGCGACCAGCUACACGUCCACCGAGCGACUACCGCUUCAAUGUGGAGAUUGCGGUGGACUGCUUUGAGAUCAGAGACGUGGAUGGCAACCGCUUUACCAUCCUUUCAAUAGUUGACAUGGGAACUCUUUACCAUGUUGCUGAGAUUGUCUCUGACAAGGGUGGCGCUCCUUCAUCAAGAGCCUGUGCCGAUGCUUUUCGGCGAGUCUGGCUGAACUGGGCUGGUCCUCCAAAGUCAAUCAUAGUUGACCGUGGAUUGCACAACCGUGGCCGCUUUGCCGAGCUGCUGACCUACCACGGUGUGCAGCAUGCCACAGGCAACGAAGUUUUGGCCAAGCAUGCACUGGAGCUGCGCCCAUCGCGCAAACGUCGGCGUGAAGUCCUAGACCCUGACGGAGAUGAGAUGGACUAUCCCUUUGCCGAUGACCUGAUUGGCGCUCCUGGAAUCGACAAUGCUGAAGAUGUCGAACAGAUUCCCUUCUUUGACUUGGGAACCCAUGCACCUGAAGAAUCAGCAGAACCACCUGCUGAACCUGAGACUCCUGUCCUACCACAAGAGCCCGCACAGUCUGCUCUCAUGGAUGGACGUGACCUACAUGUGGAUGUUCCAAUCCCUGAGGAAUUGGACAAUGACCAUGAUGCCAUGGACGACAUCCCUGUGCCACCUGGCUUGAUGCUUGGAUCAGACCAAGCGACUGAGAUUUUCAGUUCCACUGAUGAGCCUGAGCUGGAAGUUGUCCCACCAACGCGUGUCGACACACCGCUGGGAAACCCAGCAUCUACACCUUUGAAUCAAGCCCUGCAUCGCUCACUUGAUGCAGUGGAUGGCAUUCCUCUACGAGCACCACGACGUGAACGAUCACGAUCACCACCACCUCGUGAUCCCAGAUAUGAACCUGCUGCUCCAUCUGAUGGACCAGAAGCACGAGCCUUUGUUGGUUUUCUAGCACGCAGAACAACCAAGAAGUCUGCGACAGCUCGUGCCAAGGAGCUCAACUACAACAAAUCAGAUGAUGCACGACAAGCCAAGAUGUUAGAAGCCAGAAGCCGUGAAUGGGCAAACUGGAACAACUUCAAGGGUACCAUCCGGAUCCUGUUUGGUGCCGAUAGCAUAGCCGUGGAGAUCUCGAGGACACGCGUUGAUCCCCUGUGGAGCCUAUUGACCAGCGACCAAUGUGCCUUGCUCCUGGACGUGCUCCGACGCAUCCCUUUGGCCACGCUGCAGGAUAUUUCUUUGCAGCGGGAGGCAGUGGCGACAGCCAAGGCGACCGAUGCUUUGUCUUCAAACCACGGUGGGAAACAAGUGCGCCGAGCGCGUGGUUUCCGCUCUGGCGGCAGCACUUCAGUUGAUCUGCGAUCAAGGCCACAUUUGCCGCUACAGAUUUGGCGCGAGCCGGGCCAUGGAUUCGCGUUGCGCUUCAACCUGACCUCCAUGCGGCCUUUGGAGCCGCAGGAGACUGGGGUGCUACCCUGCUAUCCGCACCUCUUCCACAUGCUGCAGGAGUGCCUCCUGGACAGUCGUGCGGAUCCGGACUCGGACUUGGUGACAGCGGAUCCCGCUCUGCCUGGAAGAAGCAGCAUGGCGGCCAUGGCGUGA